AUGGUUACUUCAAUUGACGCCAACGUAGCCGCUAAUGGCACACACAAGUAUAAACGAGUUACAGCCCAGUCCGAAAACCCCUACUCUGGCUUGAUACCCGACCAGACUUUUGCGAUUAUACCCGAAGUCACACUUGAGUCUGGCGUUGUCCUCCAGGAUGUAUCCGUGGCAUACAAGACAUACGGCACUCUGUCACCUGGGCGCGAUAAUGCCAUGGUCAUCUGUCAUGCGCUGACGGGAAGUGCUGAUGUGGGCGACUGGUGGGGUCCUUUGCUGGGAGGGCCGGGUAAAGCCUUCGACACGUCGAGGUUCUUCGUCAUAUGCAUGAACAGCUUGGGCAGUCCGUACGGCAGCGCAAGCCCCGUCACGGCACGAGAUGGAGAUGUCUCGAAUGGGCGCUAUGGGCCUGAGUUCCCGCUGACUACAGUGCGAGACGAUGUCAAUAUUUUCAAGAUGCUUCUCGACGACCUCGGCGUCAAGCAAAUCGCGGCAGUCAUUGGAGGUUCCAUGGGUGGCAUGCUUGUGCUCGAGUUUGCUUACUUUGGAAAGGAUUAUGUUCGCAACAUCAUACCCAUCGCCACCUCUGCUCGCUACAGCGCUUGGGGCAUUAGCUGGGGUGAGGCCCAACGCCAGAGCAUCUACAGUGAUCCCAAGUACGACGACGGCUACUACACAUUCGAAGAUCCUCCGUCGACCGGCCUGGGAGCUGCGCGCAUGUCUGCGCUGCUGACCUACCGUAGUCGCGACUCGUUCGAAUCACGCUUCGGUCGUAACACCCCAGAUCUAUCCAAGAAGCAGAGUAUCAACACUGUUCCACGUCCGACAACCCCCUCGAACGAGCAUUGGGCAAUCCACAACCACGGUCACAAGAACGCUGGGUCACCGCGCGCAGCGUCGAGGACAAACAGCAGUGCUGCGUUGAACACGUCCGCAUCAGCAAAGACUGCCGAUCUAGAAUUCCACGACGCGUCGAACCCUUCUACACCACCUCUGCGACGCACCGAUUCCACGGCGAGCGCAAAGUCUAAGCCUUUGGCUCAACACUACUUUUCAGCGCAGUCGUACUUGCGCUACCAGGGCGAAAAGUUCAUCAAGCGAUUUGACGCCAAUUGUUACAUCGCUAUCACCCGCAAGCUCGAUACUCACGACAUUUCCCGCUACCGUUAUCCCGAGGGCGAGGAUGAAGAAAGCCUCGACCCUGUGACGGCUCUUCACUAUGCGCUUUCGUUGAUCGAGCAGCCAACACUUGUGCUUGGUAUUCAGUCUGACGGCCUCUUCACUUAUGCCGAACAGCAAGAGCUUGCAGCGCACAUCCCCAAUGCCACUCUGAAGACUAUCGACUCGCCUGAUGGUCACGACGCUUUCCUGUUGGAAUUCGAUCAAGUCAACCGCCACCUGCUCGGCUUCCUACACGAGUUCCUUCCAGAUAUUAUGAAUCGAACUCCAAACCCUGACAUCAUCUCCAGCGACUCUGGUAUGGAAGCCACGAAAACGAGCACCUUUGGCGAGGCCGAAGUUGACGACAUCACCGCAUGGUGA